AAGCAGCCAGAGACCGGAUCCUGUGCAAGAUUGGCGGGAGAGACACAAGAGAGAUUAAACAGAAAAAAAAGGAACUUGGCAAAUGCACCGUAAUCCAUCAUCGUCGUCUUCUUCUUCUACAGCCACCACUAAUCCAUCAUCGUCUUCUUUUUUUUUUUUUUUUGUUUCUCUAGGUUAAUAUAUGGAGACCUCAUCAUCACAACCGGAAGAAGAAGACGAACAUCUGUUGUUAUUGAAGAGAAUACAACAAUUUGAAUCUGGAAAUGUACAUAUUCAGCAACAACUAUCUAGUUUGAUUCUUCAUAAUGAAUUAGGUUACGUCAAUCCAAAAUCUCUCUCAAUUUCACCUCACCAUUCAGCCGACCCAAGAAGAAGAAUAGAUGAUACUCCGAAUCCUAGAAGAAGAAUUGGAGCUGGACCUGGAUCAUUAAUAGGUUCAGAAUUUGCUCAUUUGCAGUGUUGAAUAUCCUGGAGUCAGUUGGUCAAUCAGUCCAUGAUGCAUAUGGCCGUAUUACUUACUGAGUUUGGAUGAUUGGGCUUAUGGGUUGGUAGUACAACUUCAGAUUUUGAUCGGUUACACAUUAGGGGAUGACCAAUUUUACAGGAAUCGAGCAGCUGAGAAGCUUUAUGGCUACUCUGCUUCGGAAACUCUUGGUCGGAAUCUGCUCGAGCUCCUUACUGAUGUCGAAAACUAUGAUGAAGCACUUGAAGUAAUACAGAAAAAUACCAUGGGGCAAAGCUGGACAGGGACAUUCCCAGUAAAGAAUAAACUAGGAGAACAGUUUGUUGUAAUCGCAACCAAUAGCCCAUUCUAUAAUGAUACUGGGGAUUGGGUUGGAAUUCUUUGUGCUUCUGUGGAUUCAGAGCUCUUUCGUCAAGAUUGUCGAUAUCAAUCCUCAGAAUCGUGUUCCAGCUCUAGUCAGCUUAGAAGUGUUCCGACAACUAGACCCGGCGUUGAUUCUCGUUUGCCUCCGCAAGCUGGGGUUGCUUCUAAUUUAUCCAAUCUGGCAUUUCAACUUACCGGCAAACUCAGAUAAAAAAUGAAGACUGGUGAUAACAUCUUGGCACUUCAAAGCCGGAGAGGAGGUAGUAAGGAUCCAACUUUGACUGAAGCUAGCUUGUCAAGAGGAAACAUUUCCGCAUAUCCCUGUGGUGUUCCUUAUGAAGCUGCUAUCAUGGAAAAAUUCCCUGAGAAUCCUAUCAGAUAUUUUGAAGGUGAGAGUGAAAGCAGGUUUGGGAUCCGCAAUUACGUAAGCUCUAGGGCGGAGGCUUGGAUUAGCAAGAAGAAGAUGCCAUGGGAAUGGUUGAGUCAUCAAUGUGAUUCUGACUUUGAUCAGCAAAUUAGUUCUGAGAACUAUGAAAAAACACAGAUCCUGGUUGCAGAAAAUAAACAAUUUGGGAAUGAAGCCUCUACAUCCGGGUCCUCAUUUUCUUUUGCUACCAGCACAAGCAGUGUUAGUGGUAGUGUUAGUAGCAGAAGCAGUCCUUUUCGUAAAAUUGAUAUGGAAACAGACUCUCUGCAUUAUGAUAUUUGCAUGGGAAGACUUGGCCAUCGGUGCACAAAUAGGGCAUGGUUCAUGUGGAACUGUAUACCGUGGUCUGUGGUGUGGCUCGGACGUUGCAGUAAAAGAGUUUUCCAAGUUGGAGUACUCAGAAAACUUACUACAGACUUUCAGAAAAGAGUUAGUUUUUGA